AUGGGCAGUACAGAGAAGCCCAUGUCCAGCAUCGUGCUGGAGCCCUCUGGCCUGUGGACAGUAGACAAUCACCAGUGCUUUGCCAUUGCCAGUAUUGCUGUGGUUGCUGUCUUUGCCACCAGGAAUAAAGGGAUGGCUGAUGCCUCUGUCACAUCCAUGGUCACCUGGGUCAGAAGCUCUGCUGCCAUGUCGGAGGGAAGGACGGGCGGACGGCGUCGACCCCGAAACUCCCGCCGGGAGUGGGCGCUGCUGAGCCAGAGCCGUUCUCGGGCUCGCGGGACCACGGGCCUGCACCGUCCCUGUCCCCCCGGGAGCUGGCGCCUGGCCUGCGGAAGGCAGCUGCGCCCGCAAGGAGCCCGUCCCCUUCCUGCCAACACCGCCCGGCAGCAGCAAGGCGUCGGGCAGCCCGGCCGUCGCGCGCCCCUUCUUCGCUCGCGCGUUCCAACGAGUGCGCGCUCGGCGCCGGGCCCUGGGGCAGCUAACGGAAACCUCGCUGAGCCGCGGACUCCGUUGGAAGGACGCGACCGUGCAGAGCUGCUCCUCAUGGGCGGCUGCCUGAGCCGGCCUCGCCCUGCGCCGCCGGCCUCGGCUGUUCUGAGCGGGGACCCCCGGGCGAGACCCGAGCGCCUGGGGCCGGCACACCCCGCCUGCCGCGGGCCCCCGGCCGGCUGCGUCCACUCGGCCGCCCCGACCCUGGAACCGGCUCGCAGGCUGUCUUACGAGGAUCUUGUGGCUUCGCCCCGUCGUCGUCGGCACCGUCGGCGGAUUGUCAUAGUCCAUCGGCGGCAGUAUCCAGUCCAGCAGGCCCGGUGUUUAUUUCUGGGCGUCUUUUCCUCGGUGCCCCGGAGCGGCCCUCAGACGCAGCCAGUGCUGUCCGCUUGCGGCUCUAAGAGGCUCUGCGCCUCGGUGAUCCUGAAAAUGGCAUCUGCUAGGGGCAAAGUGACGCUCCGUUUGGCUCUGAAGCAGACAGUCCUCUGUAUGUGGUCUUCACUAAAUGGUCACCUCCCAGACCCUUGCGUAAGGGAGACUCUGGUGAGGGCUCUCGAAGGGAGCGGUCAGCUGAGAGCCAAGAAAGAGAAGGACCUGAGUGUCCUGACUGAGAGCGGGAAAGUGCUAGCAAAACAGGAGGGGCACCCAGGCGCCGAGACGGUGGAGGAUCAGAGAAGGGGCUCCAGCAGCAGCGGGGGUGCGCGGUCCGCGUUUAGGAGCCUGAUGGUCAACGGAGUCCUCUCUUCCUUCGUGCCCAGGCCUGGGCCUCUGGGGAGAGACUUCUGUUUCCACAGUUCAGAGAACAGCCUGAUUGAGAAAUCUCAGACCUGCUUUUUGAAUUCCUGCAGCAAACGAAAUGCCAUCAUCAGUUCAUACAGUUCCACUCGAGGGUUCCCGCUGCUGCAGAGAAGCGGUCCAGGCACAGCUCGGCUCCAGGGCCCAGCAGCAUCCCCUCCCCACGUGCCUGCAAAGAAAGCCAGCGAGGAAAGCCAUCAGUCUAGAUCUUCAGCCUCAGUGGAACCGCAAAGUCAGACCAAGCAUGAAAAGGCUGCAGAUGUCCCCUCAGGGCAGAAACAAAACUUGAGGAACUGCUCACCCCCAUUGGACCGUUCCAGGCCCCGGAAACGCAAGGUUCCUCUGCUGCUGCCCUCUAGGCGAAAUGGCCCACUGAUCCUCCCCCCAGCCCCGCAGCUAGGUUACAGAGUCACUGCUGAAGACCUUGACUUAGAGAAGAGAGCUGCGAUUCGGAGGAUCAACAAGGUCUUGGAAGGGUAGUGGAGCUAAGACCCAGAGCAAUUAAAUAACUUGAGGAUGGAGACAUCAUGAUCAUCUGCUUAUGAGCUGACCUUCAAACCUGAGUGCCUAGGCUGUGUUCUGUACAUGUAGUGGAUUAUCACAUUCCAUGUAGAGUCACUUUGACACUUAAAGAAGAUACUCAUCUAAAGUG